AUGAAGUUGCAAGGACCAUUCAGAUCUGCAACAACUAGUUUGCAGAGUAGCCAAACUCAAGACCAAGACCAUUACCUUUGUUAUCGAUCAGAACGCCCAAAACGUCACAAAGAAGCAAAACAUCCUUGGAAAAAUUCAGUCUUUCAUGCCCAUCGACCUUCCACUGCUACUGCUGGUGAUCGAGCAAACACAAUACCAGAGCUUGUAGCUCGUAUGGCCAGGAUGACAUUUUUAUUUCGGUGGUCAGCUGCUGUUUUUAUCCUGACACGCGGACCACAUUGA